AUGAGACAUUUAUCCCCCAUCAGACCCAAGAAAGUCCACGAUUUUACGUGGCAGUCUGAGCUUCAGUGGUACUAUGAAUAUUUUCAUUGGGGCCACUUUUUCUUUCUCGUCUGUCCAAUCAUCCCGCUUCCACUUGUUGUCAAAUUCGUUGAUCUGAAACUUGAGACGGCUAUUCUGACUUUUUGCUCCCACAUUGUGUAUGGCUUGGCCAUUACCGCCGGGUAUCACAGACUGUGGGCGCAUCGGUCAUACGCGGCAUCCGCUUGGCUGCGAUACUUGCUUGCCUUUAUCGGGGCCGGCCAGUGCCAAUGGUCGAUCCUGUGGUGGUGUCGUCAUCAUCGUGCUCAUCACCAACAUACAGAUACGGACAAAGAUCCAUACAAUGCACGACGAGGUUUCGUCUUUUCUCAUAUCGGUUGGUUGAUCGGACACAACCCCUCUUCGUGGGGUAAAGUGGAUGUUUCCGACUUGGAACAAGAUCCUGUUGUGCUCUGGCAACAACAAUUUUAUGUGCCUUUAGCCAUCCUCUCCGCUGUCGUUAUCCCUGUCUCUAUUGCCCAUUUUGGCUGGAAUGAUGGGAAAGGUGGCUACUUCUACGGCUGUUGUAUCAGGCUCUUUAUUAGCAUGCAUAGUACAUUUUUAGUCAAUUCGCUGGCACAUGCAACGUGGGCUGGAACUCAGCCAUUCUCCGAGUCAACGACUGCGCGCAACGUCCCAUUGGUCGCUCUUCUCGCAGGGGGAGAAGGAAGCCAUAAUUUCCAUCAUGCCUUUCCGACAGACUAUCGGAAUGGAACAAAAUGGUUUGAACCAGAUUGGUCUGCUCGACUCAUCAAGUUGUGUGAAAAGCUUGGGAUUGCUUGGGAUCUCAAAAUGACCAAGCCAUCUCAUAUAACAGAGGUUCGAUCUCGCAAAGAACGGAAAGGUGGUCUACAACGAGGAUCUGAGGGCCUUUCGGCUAGGCUAACUUCGCACUUGCCGAACAUGGAAUGGGGCACUUUCGCGGAGUUAUGUGCUAGCGGUCGUCGUUUGAUAUGUAUCAACGGCGUUGUCCAUGAUGUGUCGCAUUUCAUAUAUGACCAUCCCGGUGGAUCUCAGCUGAUUGAAAGUUCAGUUGGCAGAGAUGUGACAGAACUAUUCUACGACGGCUCUCAUCCUCAUUCUCAAAAUGCAAGAGAGAUCCUUGUCGGAAUGCAGAUGGCCUUGAUUCGUUCUUAA